AUGGCUUCCUCCCUUCGCCCAGUAACGCGGGCCGUCAGCCGAGCCCGCCCGCCAAUCCAGGCCGUCCUCCGCCUGGCUCCGAAGCGCUUCGCGUCCUCCCAGCAGUCACCGCGCGACCUCGAUGUAGGCGAACUGCAAGGCGCAAGCUUCAAGAUUGAGCCCCUCCGCCGCGUCGGUGAAGACCCUGCGACGAUGCGCGCCCGUCUGCUCUACCAAUCCCGCAAGCGCGGCACUCUCGAAUCCGACCUCCUCCUCUCGACCUUCGCCUCGGCUCACCUCGCCAGCAUGACACCCUCCCAGCUGGCUGAGUACGACCUCUUCCUCGACGAGAACGACUGGGACAUUUACUACUGGGCGACGCAGGACGAAGACACUACUAUCACCAGUACCCAACUGCAGUCACAACAGCAACACUCACACUCACAGCAGCAGCAGCAAUCCACCCAAACAAGAUUAGAAGCAAAGGACCAGCAGCAGACCCCGCAACCGACUCAACUGCCCAACCAAGACCCAGGCACCCAACAAUCCCCGCGGCCAGGCGAGUGGGCCCAGACCGUCGGCACCUUCAGGCCCGCUUACCGGCCUGUCCCGGCCCGGUGGCGAGACAGUGAGGUGCUGCGGCUGCUGCGGGCGCACGUCGCGGCACGGAAGGGCGAGGGCAAGGGCGGGAUGGGGUUUAUGCCUUCGCUAGAGGAGUACAAGCUUCGAAACGAAUGA